UUUAGAAAAUUUUGCGCAUGGUUCAAGGACGGUGACUUCUAGACGCAAAACAUAAACAUCAUUACUCCCAGUAAUAUUGACAGAAAAAUUAAAGUACUCUCCGAGAUAUUUUUAUUUUUGAUUUAAUUUUUAUUAUGAUCAAAAAGCCAAUAAUUUAAACGCUAAUAUGAACAAUAACAAAUAUGGAAAGGAGGAUUUAUUUAACAUUGAUUAAACAAUUGUUACAUUGGUUCGUUCAAUACAUCAACAUAUUAGCGGCAUUGAUUGAAAUUGAUUUCAAACCCUAUUUUCAUCAAAUAAUUACGAUAAGAUUCGGAUAAUUAUAUGUAUUAGCAUUCGUAGUUCAUUAGGUAACUAUAAUCGAAAAAUAUGUUACGUGGGUAUUUAGCGUUACAUGUUUAUUUAGUAAGACAGUGGGCUCCUAAGUGAAGUGAUGAUGGUUCAAUGGUGUGAAUGAGUAUUUUUGUUACCAACUUAUUUCAAGUAUAAAAUCAGUUCAAUAAGUUUUGAUGGUGUUUUUUUGCAGUGGAAUUAAUAUAUAUAGUCAAUCUUAGGCAAAGAGUUACAGUAGGUAUAUGUCAUAGGAUUCAUAAAAAUUGCUAGGAAAUACGAAAUAAAUUUACUACAUUUCGGAUACAGUGUGCCCAUAAUGUACUGUGACUAUUGUGAACUUUAAUAUCAGGGCAUCUACUUGCGAAGUAAAGACAAAGUUAGUUUAAAAAUCGAACUACCUCCUUAUUAUAUUCUAAGAUGUCAAAUUGCCGGAUGUUGAACGUUGCCAUUUUUCUUAAUAUAGAUAUUGAAUUUUGAUUGGCGAUUUGUCAAUUUUUCGCGACAAGAUAAGUUAACUUUUCACGUCACUAUACGUUAUGCCCAAAAGUCAUUUUUGUACUUUCAAUAACGAUUUUUAUGUUUUUUGUGAAAUGUUCCGUGAUUAUUUAUCAUGACGGUUAGGAUAAGCAAGAGAUAAUCAUAUUAAUAUAUUCAAAGUGUCCUAACGUUGCGGCGUACUGAUUUAAAAUAGUGAGGUGGAAACUAUAUGUGCACAAAAUCGACCACCAUCUCUGGUUGUAUCAAGAUUUGUUAGAGUUGUAAUCUGGUAUAAUUUGGACCAACCUUGGGAAGAAGAAUUUGCAAGUAUAAUCCCAACCUAUUCAAAAGAAAUGAGACGACAAUAAUAUAAACAAGAGAGCGACCUCAGAUAUAUGGACAAGAAUGCCAAAACGAAGUAUAACGCUGUCGAAUCUUUCACAUUACCGAUGCGGUAGGCUAGCGUAGUCUUCGCACGUGGACGCAAACACGGAACCGCCACAAGGUGCGCAAUUUUUAAUUUUGAUGACGUCAUGACACACAAUAAAAAAUGAAUCCUAGAAGAACACGAACAUGAAAAAGAAUUCUAACAAAAACAUAAUAACAAAAUUUUCUUUCCGUGUUCAAUAAGAGUAUGUAAAAUAUAUCCAAUCAGGCAAUUUAGACCCUGCUAUUGUUAAAUUGUUUCUUCUUCUCUCAUACACGAUUGCAUACAUCGAUAGUAAGUUUGACUAGCAGUUUUGGGUUGACUAAUUUUGUCACAUUUUUUAGGUUUUCUGCUUAUUUCUCCUGAACAGUUAUUAAUUUAUAUUAAACGUUGCUUAAAGCACUGCAUUUAAUUACAGAUGCAUUUUACAGUUUAUACAUAUUUUAUGGAACUAGGUAGUAGCUAAAAUUAUAAGAAAAGAUUUGUUUUGGAAAUACCACUCAUGUAUAGUGGAUCGGAUAGUCAAAAAAUGGGUGCACCGUCAUCACAGAAGUUUAUGGAAGUAUCGGGAGGUAAAACUACAAUAAUGCGGACACAGUCUUCAAAACAAACGCCAGAAAAUCGUGAAAAUAAGACUCGUAGAAUUGCAACAUUUCCGACGAUAUUGAAAUAUGAUAUUGUAAACGUUCAUAACAUUCAUAUUCCCGAAUUAGUCCCCGAUUCUCGUCUUGAAAAACACAUUCCUAUGCCGUACAACAAAGCAGCCAAUUUGCGUUGUAAUCGAUUUUACAUAAAUUUAUCAAAAGAUAAACCGUUAUCUAAAACGUCCAGGGCUAAAACUAAAAACAUGCAAAAUGUACCUAACAAUUUGACAAAAAAUUUAGGACCUGUUUCAAAACCUUUCUCCGAAAAGCGCAAUCGAUUUCAAAAACACAGAAAUCAAAAAUCAUCAAGAUUUUUAACAACCGAACCUGAAGGCCACAGUGAGCGCCAACUGGAAAGAGCCAAAUCAGUUCCUACAAGACAAUUCACAGCUUCUGAAUUCUCCCAGCGUAAUAGACGUCAACGUAGCAAAAGCGAUAGCGUGGUCAAAGAGCAACCACGACUGAAUAAUUUCAAUGCUGAUAAAAAUCACAGUCAUCGUCUUGCUACAAUCGUAUACCGUCAAACAUUUGAAGACGGCCGUACAAUUAAAAUAUACAACAAUGCCACCAGGCCUUCUGCAGGCCGAUGUCGAUCGAAAAAAGCUGCUUCCGCUUCAGUUAUUAAGUCUUCAUCGUAUACAAGCUCCAAAUACCUCAGCCUUUGUUAUGGGUGUUUGGGAGAUACCGGUAGUGAAUCAAGCGAUUUAUCAUCUGGCGAAGAAGACGAUGAAGGAAGUGACACCGACAAUGGCGCAGAAGGAAAAGCGUCUUGUCAGCUAGAAAUCGAACAAGGUUCAGUAGAAAGCGAAGAUGAUGAUGGAGAUAGUACCGGUACUGAGACCGAUGAAGAAGAAUCGAUCGAUUCGAGAGCCUCUGAUUGCAGUUCUUUAUUCGAUGAGGAAUUGGUGCUGUAUGAUACACAGGGUGGGGCAGAUGGAUGUGUAAAUGAUACUGAUGAUGAUUUCAACUAUGACAGAGGAUGCCGGGAUGAUGCAGACGACGAAAAAGACGAACUUGACUCAAUAUUUGCUAUGUCUGAUAUAUAUGAUUGAAACGACGGAUUAUUUAUUGUUAUCAGAUCUUGGGAAAAAGAUUAAUAUUAUCGCCAUAUUUGUUUAUGCUCAUGCUUCUUACCACAUUUAUGUAUUGGCUAAUACAGUUAUAUCAAUGUUGAUGAAUAAUAAUAAGAAGAAUUAAAAAGAAAUACUAACAUGAUGAUCAUCAAAAACAAAAUACCAAAACGAUUCAAAAAUGAUUGUCAUGUAUUGAAAUUGUGCAAAUAUUUAUUAUAUUUUGAAACAUCAUACGAAUAUCACGCAUUGUUUAUUUAAUAUUCGAGUAUGCCAUAUUAGACAAUAGUGAGGUUGAUGUUCAAACGAAAAUCAUUCUUUUAAAAGCUAAUAAGAUAGUGUUAACAAGAGAUCCAUACUCAGAUAUAUGGACACCAGGGUCAAAACGAAGUAGUAUCAAAUCUUUUACAGUACACUGAGUACAGGUAGUCUGGACGCCAGAUCACUGCAAUGCGCUCGCGAGACCGCCAAACGGUGCUCAAUUUUUAAUUCUGAUGACUUUUGCGCACAAAACUUCAUAGUGAGAAGGGGAUUCUAAGAGCCCACAGAAUCCUUUUAAAUAAAUUAAAAUAAUACCCUUUUUGCGACAACAAAAAUCUUUAACUAUAGAACACACAAAGCAAUGGGUUCAGUAGUUUUCUGUCCAAUAACAGAUUCAAAUAUUUAAAGUAAAAGGACGCGAAGUGGACCUAUGAAUCUUUUCGUUAAUAUGUUGUUGUUGUUGGUAUUUUUUUUCUCGUUGGACACGAAGUGAACCUAUAGAUCGUUUUCUUCUUCUAAUUAUUAUGUUGUUGUUGAUGAUAUUGGUAUUUUUUUUCUUGUUGUCAUAGUUGUUGCGAAAAAUCGCUUCAGUCUUUUACUACUGAACCAAUUGCUUUAAAAUUUUUAAUGAUUAAAAAUUGCUGUUGUCACUAUGCGGCUAUUGCUCUUAUUUAAUUCAAAAAUUUCUGUGGGCUCUAUUGGAUUCGUUUUUCACGAAAUAUAACGUCUUCAAAAUAAAAACAAACUGCGCACCUUGUGGCUGUUCCACGUUUGCGUUCGCGAUCGUUGCGAUUUGGAAAUAGGUCGAAGUCAGGAAGA